UUGCCAGCUGUGCCAACAUCGACAGUAGCAAUGAUUUUAAAUCUUAUAAGUAAUAUAUAAAUAACUUUAUUGAUUAAAAUUUUUUACAAAAUAAAUAAAUCGAAUGCCUAAUAAUGUAAGUAUUUUAAUAAAAUUGCAAAACGAUGAUAUAAAUUCUCAUUGUCCCCAUGGGGCGUUGACAGAUUCCUAUGGGAUGAUGGUUCAAUUUGUUUUGGGAAUACUAGCAUUUGCAUCAUUAAUAUUAAAAAGAUAUUUCGAACCUUUAUUCGAACGCAGGCCCUGGCUUAUCUGGUUUUUUGACACAUCAAAGCAAGCUAUAGGAGCCUUAGUGAUACAUUUUGCAAAUAUAUUUUUAUCUGAUAUAUUUCAUGGAGAUCCCUGUACAUGGUAUAUUACAAAUUUUCUUAUGGAUUCAACAGUUGGAUUGGUGAUAAUAUUUGCUUUGUUAAAAUUUUUUCAAUACACUGUAAAAUUGAAAGGUUAUAAAUCCUUAAAAUUUGGUUCCUACGGAAAACCUCCUUCUCUUUUAUAUUGGCUUAGACAAUGUGGUAUUUAUAUUGCUAUAAUGAUAAUAGAGAAAAUUUUUAUUACUAUUUUAAUACAAUUCAAAUUUUUUAAAAAUAUAUUCGGUUAUCUCACUAUACCUAUUAAUAAUCCAAAAAUUGAAGUUGCACUAGUAGUUUUGAUAAUUCCACUGUUCAUCAACAUAUUGAUGUUUUGGAUAAUUGAUAAUAUGUUAAUGAACAAGCAUAUACAUAUAAGGAAACAUGGUGAAGAAGACAUGAAGUUUUACACUAAUAUUCGAUAUAAGAAUGUUGAUAAAAAGAUUGAUUCUGAUUGCAAUACUAACUUAAUUGAGGAAUAGUGAUUAAAAUGACAAUCUAAUCCAUCCACGUCCACUCAAUAUAAUUUUUUUUAUUAUAAAUUAUGUAGUAUUAUUUCUUUUUAUAUAGAUAAUUUUGUUUAUUAUGAUU